CGCGGGGGGGAGCAGGUGCCGGAAGAGCUGAGUUUGCGGUCCCACUCCCAUCUCAGGCGGGGCAGGGCGAACUGUCGCCUCCCGGACUCCCGAGGCCAGCACGGCAGGGGACCCGUGGGGCGCUACAAGGAAACGCAUCCCGGCUUCAACCCGGUGCGCGCCCCGCGGCAGGGAGUCCCCCGCGUUUAAAGGGCAGCACCGCGCGGAGGGAUCCCGGAGCGGGACUUCUUCCCGCACACACUGCCGUGCGGGGCGGCCCGGGUCUCGUUCCCGUCCUUCGGUGGGAUCCCUCCGCCGCUCCGGGCGGUCAUGGGCCCCGCGGCCGCCGCCGUCCCCGCUCCGCGGACGGACGCGCUGUCCCGACUGCCCCCGGGCUGCCCGCGGUGAAGCGGCGGCGGGAGGAGGCGGUGGCGGCGAGCGGCGCGGCUGGGGGCGGGCUGUGUUUUCCUGAGAGAGGUGUAUCCUUCCGCGGCGGCGGCAGUGCGCGGCGGCGGGUGUCCGCGGUGUCCCUCCGCCGCCGGGAGCGCAGGGGCACUCGGCGUCUCCCCGGACGGGGCGAGGAGGUCGCGGGCUCUGCCGGGAGGAACAAGAAGAAACUUCGGGGCGCGGCGGCCGGCGCGGCGCUCGCCUGGCUCGGCAGGGCGGCGGAACGAGGGCUCCCCGCAGGGAAAGAGGAGAAGGACGAGGAAGCGGCGGCCGGUCCGCGCCGCCACCCCGCGGGGUCUCUGCGGGGGAGCCCGGGGGACUCUUUCUCGCGGGGCGCGGCGGAGGGAUCUCCAGGCGGCUCUCCCCUCCGCCUCCCCCCUGCGCCGCUCGCCCCUCGGCGCCGCCAUAUUGGAUUUUAAUCCGCCAUUUUUUUCCUCCCCCCACUUGGAAUUAUUUUUUAUCACUAUCGCCGCUUUUUUUUUUUUCUCCCCUCUUCGUUAGUUUUUCUCCCCACUCCGCCCCUCCCUGGCUCGGUCUUCACUCUCUCCCCUUCAGCUUCCUCCCUUCCCCCUUCCCCCCCACCCUCCCGCACCCUUGCCUUUGAUGAUUCAUUUUCCCCCAGUGGCAGCGGGGGCAGCGCCGGCGGCGGGGGACCCCAGCGCGGGGCGUAGGAAUUGGAACUGAAUUUAUUCAUCCACUUCUCCAAGCCUUUUGAAAAGUGACUAAAUGCAACUGAGUCAGAUUGUCUGUGGGUAUGAAGUGGCUGGGAGAAUCCAAGAACAUGGUAGUGAAUGGCCGGAGAAGUGGAAGCAAGUCGUCUAAUGACCACGGGCAGACCAAAUUGCAGCAUGCAGGAAAGGAGAAUCCAAAGACGGGCAAAAAUGGAGUUGAGAGAAGAUCAAGCAGAUGUAGCGGUGCUUCAGGAUUUGAGGGACAAAGUCGUUACGUGCCUUCCUCUGGAAUGUCUGCCAAGGAACUCUGUGAAAAUGAUGACCUAGCAACUAGUUUGGUUCUUGAUCCCUAUUUAGGUUUUCAGACACACAAAAUGAAUACUAGAUUUCGACCUAUUAAAGGAAGGCAAGAAGAACUCAAAGAGGUGAUUGAACGUUUUAAGAAAGAUGAGCACUUAGAAAAAGCCUUCAAGUCCUUGACGUCAGGUGACUGGGCCCGGCACUAUUUUCUUAACAAGAACAAAAUGCAGGAAAGGUUGUUCAAGGAACAUGUAUUUAUUUAUUUACGAAUGUUUGCAACUGACAGUGGGUUUGAGAUACUGCCUUGUAAUCGGUAUUCUUCUGAGCAAAAUGGAGCCAAAAUUGUUGCAACAAAAGAAUGGAAACGAAAUGAUAAAAUAGAAUUACUUGUGGGCUGUAUUGCUGAACUAUCAGAAAUGGAAGAAAAUAUGCUGCUGAGACAUGGGGAAAAUGACUUCAGUGUCAUGUAUUCCACACGAAAAAACUGUGCACAGCUAUGGCUUGGUCCUGCUGCAUUUAUCAAUCAUGAUUGCAGACCUAACUGUAAGUUCGUAUCAACAGGCAGAGAUACAGCAUGUGUGAAAGCUCUAAGAGAUAUUGAACCUGGAGAAGAAAUCUCUUGUUACUACGGAGAUGGGUUUUUUGGAGAAAACAACGAAUACUGCGAAUGUUACACCUGUGAAAGACGUGGAACUGGUGCUUUUAAAUCAAGAGUGGGAUUGCCAGCACCUACUCCUGUGAUUAACAGUAAAUAUGGACUGAGAGAAACAGACAAACGAUUGAACAGACUUAAAAAGUUGGGUGACAGCAGCAAGAAUUCAGACAGCCAGUCUGUCAGCUCUAACACUGAUGCAGAUACCACUCAGGAAAAAGGUAAUGCAACUAACAGAAAAUCUUCAAUUGGGGUAAAAAAGAACAGCAAAAAUAGAACAUUAACCAGACAGUCUAUAUCAAGAAUUCCAGCAUCAUCAAACUCUACCUCAUCUAAGCUAACUCAUAUAAAUAAUUCCAGGGUACCAAAGAGACUGAGAAAGCCUGCAAAGCCUUUACUUUCAAAGAUUAAGUUGAGAAAUCAGUGCAAAAGGCCAGAGCAAAAGAAUGCUUCUCGAAAGCUUGAAAUGGGAAAUUUAGUUCUCAAAGAGCCUAAAGUAGUUUUGUAUAAAAACUUGCCCAUUAAAAAGGAUAAAGAAUUGGAGGGACCAGUUAAAGUUGCAGUCUCUAGCGGAUGCUUAACGAGGCAUGCAGCGAGAGAACAUAAACUGAAUUCUGUGAAAGGUGCUUAUGAGCAGGGUGAUAUUGCACCCUGCACGUACAUCACGAGGAGGUCAAUGAGAACAAGGAUGAGUUUGAAGGAGACCUUUGACACAAAGCUUGAACCAAAUACAUUGGAUAGCUAUAAGAGUAACUUGACUGGAACACAGUCGGACAUUGCAGAGCAGCAGUCUCGUGUGUUAAACGACAACAAUGUGGCUCACGGACCAUCACAUAAAGGAGAGGGUCGGUGCCAGAAAAGUGAUGCAGGCACAUCAAAAAAGAAAUCUCGACAAGGAAAGCUUGUGAAACCAUCUUCAAAAACAGAGGAAACUGAUACUAUGCACAACACACCUAUGAAGGAUGAAGUACCAGAUUUGAUUAGUUCUCAUUCAGAACUCGAAGAGAGGAAUAACGUGGUGGACACACCUGUUGGGUUUAAAGACUGUAUCCCUGGAUCUGGUGGCUGCUCUGUAACAACUGACAAUUUUAAAGCAAAAGACAGCUUUAGAACUGCAAAAAGUAAAAAGAAAAGACGAAUCACAAGGUAUGAUGCACAACUUAUCCUUGAAAAUAGCUCUGGGAUCCCUAAACUGACUCUUCGUAGGCGCCAUGAUAGCAGCAGCAAGGCAAAUGAUCAAGAGUGUGAUGGAAUGAAUUCUUCAAAAAUAAGCAUAAAAUUAAGUAAAGACCAUGAAAAAGAUAAUAAUUUAUAUGUAGCAAAGCUAAAUAAUGGGUUUAACUCAGGAUCAGGCAAUAGUUCAACAAAAUUAAAAAUACAGCUAAAACGAGAGGACGAAAACAGGGGCACAUACCCAGAGGACCUUCAUGAAAAUGGUGUGUGUUGUAGUGAAACUCUCUCCCUUUUGGAGUCAAGAAUGGAAGUAGAUGAUUAUGGUCACUAUGAAGAGGAAACAGCAGAUGAAUCUUCAUCAGAAGAGGACGAUGAAGAGGAAGAUGACUAUGAUGAUGAAUUUGAUGACUUUAUUCCUCUUCCUCCAGCAAAGAGAUUAAGGCUUAUUGUUGGCAAGGAUUCAAUAGAUAUUGAUAUUUCUUCCAGGAGGAGAGAAGAUCAGUCUUUAAGGCUCAAUGCAUAAGCUUAUAGGUCUUAAACUGACCUGGAUGUCAUUUCUAAAAAAAAUUUUAAAAUAAUAAAAAAAAAAAUAGAAAACCCAACAAAAAUUCCAUUUGAUUA